CACCGCCCCUUCCGCCGGGGCCGCGGUUGCCGGGACGACGGCGCCAUGGCGGCCGUGGUCGCGGAGCCCGCCGCCGUCUUCGGCUGCCGGCCGCGGGUGGGCGGCGGCGUCUGCUUCGUGGGCGAGCGGGAGGUGCUGCACGCCGCCGGGGCGGGCUGCGCCCGGCUGCACACCGAGCACGGGCGGCAGACCUUCCUCCCAGGGCGCGAGAAGAGCCGGGGCGUGCAGGCGCUGGCCGUCAGCCCCGACCGGCGGUUCCUGGCCGUCUCCGAGACGGCGGCGGAGGAGCCGGCGCUGACGGUGUACGAGCUGGCGGCGGGGCAGCCGCCGCGGAGGAGGAGGGCGCUGGCGGCCGCCGAGCUCCCGGCGCGGGAGGCGGCCGUGUCCCUCGCCUUCUCCCCGGAUUGCCGGCACCUGGCGGCCGCCACCGGCCCCCCCGAGGUGCUGCUGGCGUACUGGCUGUGGGACAAGCGGCGGCUGGUGGCGGCGGCACGCCUCCAGGCCCCGGGCGGCGGCUGCCAGGUGAGCUUUAGUCCUCAAGACAAUGCACGUAUUUGUAUCACUGGAAAUGGCUUUUUUAAACUUUUUAAAUACAGUGAGGGAACUUUGAAGCAGACGAAUUUACAAAAGGGAAAGCCACAAAACUACUUGUGCCAUGCCUGGCUAUCUGAGGAAGAAGUUAUAUGUGGCACGGACACAGGCAAACUUAUGUUGUUUGAAAAUGGAGAGCUGUGCUGGCAGACAAGUGUAGAGUACAGAAAACCACCCAAAAAACAAGAAGGUGGCACAACAACAAAAGAAUAUGAGAGAUAUUCUGAAGUCUCUUGUAAACUGGUUUCUGAAGAUAAUGGUUCACAACAGGAUUCUGUGCCUCAAAUAUCUGCAGUUGCAGCCUAUUCUAAAGGCUUUGCAUGUUCAUGUAGCCCAGGAGUUGUUCUUCUGUUUGAGAAAACUGAGGAAAAGGAAGUCUACAAGGAGAGUCAAGAAAUCUGGCUUCCUCAGGACCUGUUCACCACUGAGCCAAAGCAGUCACGCGGACAGGAUAUUACAUGUAUAUGCUUCAGCCCCUCUGAGGAAACAAUGGUUGUUAAUACAAAUAAAAAUCAGCUUUACAUGUUUACUAUGCCCUCCACAGAUCUUAUGAAGGAGAAAUCAAGUCAUUUUGCAUAUCUGCAUUUCCCAUUACAUUCUGCUUCGAUUACGGGUCUGGACAUCUGUAUUCGGAGACCCAUUGUUGCUACUUGUUCCCUGGACAGAUCUGUUCGCAUCUGGAAUUACAAGGCAAACACUUUGGAGCUGUAUAAGGAAUUUCAGGAGGAGGCACACACAGUAUCACUUCACCCCACUGGCCUUUUCUGUCUGGUUGGGUUUUCUGACAAACUACGAUUUCUAAGUCUACUAUAUGAGGACAUGCAUGUUUUCAAGGAGUUUGCUGUGAGAAAGUGUGAAGAGUGCUCAUUCAGUAACGGAGGCCAUCUUUUUGCUGCAGUUAAUGGAAAUGUGAUUCAAAUUUAUUCCAGCACCACCUUUGAGAAUACUAAUAAUCUAAAAGGACACAGUGGGAAGAUACGUGCAGUAAAAUGGAGUGCAGAUGAUACAAAAUUUGCCUCCUGUGACACACAUGGUGCUGUGUAUGAGUGGAAUUUAUUGACAGGUAAAAGGGAGACAGAGUGUGUGUUCAAGUCUUGCAUCUACAGCAGCAUUGCUCUUUCUUCUGAUGCCAAAAUCAUCUUUGCUGUUGGAUCAGACCAAACUCUCAAAGAAAUUUCAGAGUCUUCGAUCCAGCACGAAGUGCCUGCUUUUGAUGUUGACUAUACUGCAGUAGCCGUUUCUCAUUCUGGGAACAUGGUAUUUGUUGGUACAUCUCUGGGGACAAUUCGAGCUAUGAAGUACCCCUUGCCUUUGCGCAGGGAUUUCAAUGAGUAUCAAGCCCAUGCAGGUGCUGUUACAAAGAUGUCCGUAACAAAUGAUGACCAAUUUCUGCUGACUGCCUCAGAGGAUGGCUCUAUAUUGAUCUGGAAGGUGUAUGAUAAGGAAGGCGGGACACUGAAACGGGAAAAGGAAGUUGAAUAUGCUGAGGAAGUGCUGAUCAUGAGAUCAGAUAUAGAAGAGAAGAGUCAAGCAAUGCUAGACCUGCAGAUUCGUGUGAAAGAGCUACAGACAGAAAAUGAUUACCAGUUACGUCUCAAGGACAUGAAUUAUAAUGAAAAAAUAAAGGAAUUAAAAGAUACUUUCACUCAGGAAAUAGGCUCCCUUAAAACCAAACACCAGAUUUUGCAAGCAGAAAAAGAAAAGCAGGAGCUGCAACACCAGUCUCAACUGUCUGAGCUGAUGAAUAAACAGGCCAAGGAGAUGCAAGCCCUAGAAUCUGACAGUAAUCAGAAACUCUUAAUGGAAAAUGAGAAAUACCAGGAGCUGCAAGUGAAAUCCCAGAGGAUGCAGGAGGAAUAUGAGAAACAACUGCACAAUUUGGAGGAAAGCAAAAGCAGGACUGUGGAGGAGCUAACAGUAUAUUAUGAGGAAAAACUUAAUGAGAAAUCUGUUCUGUUGGAAGAGGCAGAGGAGGAUAUCAGGCAGCAGUUUCAAGCACAUGAAGAAAUUAGGAAACAGAUUGAAGAAGAUGAAGACCGAGAAAUUCUAGAUAUCAAAAUCAAGUAUGAGAGGCGACUCGUAGAAGAAAAAGAAUCAAAUCUGCAACUGAAGGGAGAAAUAGGAGUCAUGAAUAAAAGGUUGGGCAGCCUACAGAAGGAGCUCAAGGAACGAAACAGUGACAUUGAGGAAAUGAAACUGGAACAGCAGAACCUGCAAGACAUAAUUAAGUCACUGGAAAAGGACAUUGUGGCGCUGAAGACAGAAAUUGAAGAGAGAGCUAACACUAUCCAGGACAAGGAGAAGCAUAUAUAUGACCUGAAAAAGAAAAAUCAGGAACUGGAAAAGUUCAAGUUUGUACUGGACCACAAAAUAGAGCAGUUUAAGAAGCAAAUAGGAUCAUGUGAAAAUGAUAUCAAAAUGAGGAAUGAGCAGAUCCAUGAGAUGGAGGGGGAACUGGAACGAUUCCAAAAGGACAGCACACAUUUGAAACUGAACAUCACACAACUGCAGCAGAAACUAAAGGCAACUGAUAACACCAUGCACAGAGAGAGGCAGAAGAAACAAAAUAUGGAAGCUUUGAUCAAACGGUUUAAAAUGGAUCUUCAUAAUUGUGUGGGCUUCAUUCAGGAUUACAAAAAACUGAAGUAUGGGAUCCGUGAGCUCUACACCAAGUAUGUGCAGCAAUUGGACAUGGUGGAGACUGAAGAGUUAGAUGUAGAUUUGCAGAAGGAGUACACGAGACAACGAGAGUAUCUUGAGAGGAAUUUGGCAGCUUUAAAAAAGAAGGUGGUGAAGGAUCAGGAAGUGCAUCAAGCUGCUUACAUGCGCAUCAUGCAGGAAAAUGUAAGUCUGAUUAAGGAAAUCAAUGACUUGCGGCAAGAAUUGAAGGCGGCCUAUACCCAGGUACACGACCUCCAGUCAGCACUAAGGUUAACCAAGAAGAAGCAAGCAAUUCAAGAGCCAGCUCCCUCCAGUGAACUGCUGUCCAGCCCAGCUGUGCUGAGGUUGAAUGCACAGAAGGAAAAUGAGAAAAUCAUAGAAAUGCAGCAGCUGGAAAUUCAAUACCUACGAGACCAAAUCAAGGAGAAGGGGCAAAGCCUUGCAGUUCAGCCUCUGUUGGAUGGAAUGCUUCCUAAGCUGAAUCUGGAAAGAAGCCACAAGACACAGCAACAGUGACCUGGCUCAAGGACACCUUAUGUUAUUAUAUUCUCCUGGCAACAUAAGAAAUACAACAGCAUAGAUUAGACUUCCAUGAUUGUAUACUCUUCCACUAGAAGCAUUUGUGCAGCACUCAUUGCUGACGACACAAGGCAUCAGCCUUCCUUCCCUCCUCCUUUCCUGUAAUCUGUCCUUUCCUCUCGUUUAAGCACCCAUGUUCUGAAGUCCUUCUGCCAAGGAGUCAAGAUAAAAAAUAAAUAUAUGUGUGUUAAUGCAAAAUUGAUCUUUGUGCCUUCAUAAUCAGGGGUAUACACUUGAAAGAUAAUGUGGCCUCAUGUGUCUUGAAAGAUGUGUCCUACUUCAGAACUGCUGGUAACUCUGUAAACAUUACACUAGAAUUCUAAUUGUAUUGUGCUGCAAAAAUCACCAUCAACCUUCUGUUUUCCAGUAUUUUGUAUAUCCGUACAAAGGGUUUCCUGUACUUAAGACAGAUGUCCCUUAUUCUGAGGAAGUGUCCAGCCCCUGACUAAAAAUCAGUUACAUUGUGAAGGCACCCUUUACCUAGUAGUCAAGCACACCCGAACUGGAGCCCUACCUCAUGUCUCUGGAUGUGUUUGUUGUCUCCUCUGUUACAAUCAUUUCAGCAGGACAAAAAGAUUGCCCAGUUUCAGACUCCAAAAUCUUCAAUGAAGUCCAAAUCUUAUGUCAUACCUCACAACUUAGAUAAUUUCACCUUUGUUUUGCCUAUUUUCCAACAUCUGUAACUCCUUUAGUUCAUUUUUUUCAGUGAAAUUCUUCUUAAUACAUCACUUUUGAAAAUACUG